AUGGCAGAAUCAGAUAGUAAACUAUCAGGUGUUAAUAUAUGUACUGUUAAACCCACAUCAAAACUGCAAUUAGAUGAAAAUAUAGCAGCAUAUUUAGAGAAUAGGCAUUUAGAGAGAGAUAAACACAUUGUAGCAUGUCAAAAUGAUAAAAUAGAAAGUAUUGUCACUAAUUAUGUGAUAGCUAAACAAAUACUGAGCAAUAUGAGAUGGCAGGAGAAGCUGCUAUAUAAACAUGUAUGUAGUACAUGGCUUUCUGCAAUCAAUGCUCUCAGGAAGGAACAACUAUGCCCUGUUGAUUUUUCAGUAAAACAAGGUCAUAUAAAACAGUCAUCUACAUUUUCUAAUGAACCAUUAGCUGUGUUUACAUUUAUGAAUGUAACAGAGUUUCCUAAGACAAUAAGUUGUAAGAAUAUUUCUCCUUGUUGUUGUGAUCCACCUUGUGGAAAGGAUCAUCUAGUAAUUGAUGCUAUCCACAAAUUGUCAACGGCACCAAAAGAAUGUAUGAUGGGAGUCAAAGCGUUAUAUGUAGCUUAUAUGCCUUUACCCAACUCAAACACCAAAGAAAACACGCUUACAUCAACACAGUGUAGCCUGUCUUCAUUCACUGGAGGAAUCUUUAUACCUGUUAUACCUAAUGUCAAGUUUCAUAUGAUCAACUUGAAAGACUAUAAGCAAAUGAAACAACAAUUUUAUACAGAUGUUGAUGAUAUUGUAAAAGAUAACAUAAUAAAAGGCCUAUUAGUGUUUGUGACAGACAAACAUCUUUUAAAUUCCGUUGAAGAUGUUGUCUUUUUUAAUCAUGUAAAGGAAGUUCAACCUGACAUACCAUAUGCAAUGGGUGGCUGCAUUUGUGAAGAUACAGUGUGUGAUUCCAAUGAUAUAAAUCAUUUGGUGAGUGAUACUUCAGGGGAUGCAGUGAGCGACAAUCUCAUAUCUAUUGGCAUAUUCACAAUUCCGAAGAAUACUGUAAAUGAAAGCAAUUUUGAUAUGUUCUCAUUAAUAAUUGAAUCUUCUGAGUGGGACAAGCAAAAGAUACAUUCGGCUCUUGCACAGUUUUCCAAGUCUGUCCCACGCUUUGAGCAUAGCGUUUGCUUCAAACUUGCUUGCAUAGGUCGAGACCGGAAGCACAAAUUUGAACAAGACACAUUCCGAACAGUUUUUCCAGACACUCCAUUAGUUGGUUGCUAUGGCAACGGGGAACUGGGUAUCGACCACCCGGCAAAACCGAUACCAGAGAGGCCAAAGAGAUUACGGCGUUCUGUAGGUCCACAUUUCGGUAUAAUUUAUUCAUACUCCACUGUCUUCGUUUAUAUGGGCUGGGGAAAGAUUACAGUACCGAAAACUUAA